CUCUGACAGAGGUGAUUAUGGCCUAGCGUUUAUGAAUUGGUCAACUGUACGCAAUGGAUGACAGUAGAACAAUUGUCGUUUUAAAUCCUCCAUCAGGAGUAGGUGAAGAUGAAUUCACGAUUCACUUUCAGAAGAAAAGUAAUGGUGGAGGUGACGUUGAUGAGGUUAAACUGGAGAAAGGUGUUGCUUUUGUAAUCUUCGACUCUUCAGAAGAUUCUGUAAAAGUCUUAAAUCAUCCUCAAAAACAAAUAAUGAAGGGUUGUGAACUUGAUGUUCAGUCAUACAGUUCAUGGUUGAAAACUACUCAGGAAAGUGAAAACAGUGACUUCGGAAACAAUGACGACGUUGAUUCAGUUCCUACAAAGGAUGACGAGGAUAAAGCCACGAUCUAUGUCAGCGGUCUUAAAGAGUCCAUGAAUGAUGAAAGAAUCACACUAUUUUUUGAAAAUAAACGAAGAACUGGUGGAGGUGAACUUCGUGAUGGGAAAGAAGGAUUUGAGCGAUUGUCUCCAACCGUAGCUCGUUUGACUUACGUUUCGUCAAAAGACGCUGAAAACGUGUUGAAAAAGGCCAAAGAAACACCUCUUGUACACGAAGGGAGUCCCCUUCAAGUUACCGCUGACUACGUACCCACUGAGGACCGAAAUAUAUUGAUGGUCACAAAUCUCAGUCCUGAUAUCAACGUGGAGACAUUGAAGAACUUUGUUGAAUCAAAGAAGAAUACAGGUGUCUUAAAGAUAUUUCUUGGAAAACAUGGAAAAGCUGUUGUUAUCCUUGAAGAGGAAAUUAAAGAUGAAGAUGAUUAUAAAGAAAAAAACAGCUCCAAAAAUUUGACAUUAGAAGGGCGUUCAGUGUCUUUGAAAUUUGCUCCACUGACCAAGGGGAUAAAAGUGAAGAAAAUACCAAAAACCACAACUAAAGAUGUUGUCAAAUACAAAUUUUUAAAUCAUAGAUUUGAUGGAGGUGAAGUCAUCAGUAUGGAUUAUGAUCAAAAUAACGGAAUUGCCGAACUUUUUUUUGAAAGUUCGUCUGUUGUUUCCAACUUGGUGAAGAAAGAUCAUUUCAUUAAGGAGACAUCUUUAACUGUGCUGCCUUUAUAUGAAGAUUUUGAAGAAUUAGAUGAACCUGAAAACAAAAUAACAGAAUUUCAUGGCGGCAUCCCUUGUGAAAGCGACGUCGUUGACUAUAUGAUUCGUCAUCACAAUAUGUCUCAGUUUGAUUUAAAGUCAGUGACAUACGAUGAAACCAUGUCGACUUUUCAUUUUACAAAGGAUGUUGAAGAUCCUAAGGAUGGAGAAGAUCUAAGUAAAAGGUUAAAAGUAUACGUUAAUUCUUUUGGAAAGGAAACGUUGGUAAUUCCCACAGUUGUUUUCGAUCAAGUGAAGCUGAAGGUUCUUGAAAACAAAGUUGAAUCAGAAAUCGAGGUAAGAUUUGAGAAGCCAAACGUUGUUCUUUUUGGACUCAAGGAAAAAAUCACGAUGAAAAAGAAAGACAUCGAAAAAUUGGUCGAUGAGCUCACAUCUGCCGCCAAGACGGAAUCCGUUAAAAUUACGGCAGAAAUUGAUAAAGACAAAAACAAAAUUUGUGUUAGUGGUUGUAAAGAGUCCUGCACCAUAGACUCAAUUACAGUACUUGUUAAAAGCAAACGAAAAUGUGGUGGAGGUGAACUUUGUGAGGGAAAAAAAGGAUUUACGCGAUUGUCUCCAACCGUAGCUCGGUCGACUUUCGUUUCCUCAGAAGACGCUGAAAACGUGUUGAAAAAGGCCAAAGAAACACCUCUUGUACACGAAGGGAGGCCACUUCAAGAGAGCACUUACUACGUACCCACCGAGGACCGAAGUAUAUUGAUGGUCACAAAUCUCAGUCCUGAUAUCAACGUGGAGACAUUGAAGAACUUUGUUGAAUCAAAGAAGAAUACAGUUGUCUUGAAAAUUUUUCUUGGAAAACAUGGAAAAGCUGUUGUUAUCCUUGAAGAGGAAAUGAAAGAUGAAGAUGAUUAUAAAGAAAACAACAGCUUCAAAAUUUUGACAUUAGGAGAGCGUUCAUUGUCUUUGAAAUUUGCUCCACUGACCAAGGGGAUAAGAGUGAAGAAAAUACCAAAAACCACAACUAAAGAUGAUGUCAAAUACAAAUUUUUAAAUCAUAGAUUUGGUGGAGGUGAACUCAUCAAUAUGGAUUAUGAUCAAAAUAACGGAAUUGCCGAACUUUUCUUUGAAAGUUCGUCUGUUGUUUCCAACUUGGUGAAGAAAGAUCAUGUCAUUAAGGAGACAUCUUUAACUGUGCUGCCUUUAUAUGAAGAUUUUGAAGAAUUAGACGAACUUGAAAGUAAAAAAUAAAAGAAUUUCAUGGCGACAUCUAUGGUGACAGUGACGUCAUCAACCAUGUAUUGUUUCAUGACGAUAUGUCUCAGUUUGAUUUAAAGUCAAUGAAAUACGAUGAAACCAAGUCGACUUUUCAUUUUACAAAGGAUGUUAAAGAUCCCAAAGAUGGAGAACAUCU